CUGUUCUCUAUAUAAAUGCUCAGAGAAGGCAAGGAUAGGAGCCAUCAAGCACAGUCUGAUCCAUUGUGCAACAGAAGGAAAGCAAUAUGAAAAUAUACACCCUGUGGAUUGUGUUCUUCGCUGGAUCCCUGGCACAAGAAGAUUUGGACAACAAAGUUCUAGUUUUUCCCAAAGAGUCUUCCACCUCGUAUGUGAUUUUGAAGCCGGCAGUGAUAAAGACCCUCGAUAAACUUUCAGUCUGUGUCCGAUCAUUCACAGACCUUUCAAGGUCUUAUCCAAUCUUUUCAGUGUCCAGUCAAGGAAAACAAAAAGCCCUCAUUGUUGUUAUAACGCCAAGCAAUACCUACAACAUUCAUGUAUUCCAGGAAACCAACAUUAUAAAUACAGACGCCAGUGGCCUUGACUGGAGGCACAGCUGUGUGACUUGGGAUUCAACCACUGGGAUCCUCCAGCUUUGGGUCAACGGGAAACUUUACCCAAGAACAGUAUCAAGAAAAGGAAGUAUUUACAGUGAAAAGACAAUUAUGAUCUUGGGCAAUGAGCAACACAGCUAUGGGGGGACUGGGUUUACAGUAUCUGGCUCUUUCAAGGGGGAAAUCAGUGAUGUGCAUGUGUGGGAUUUUGUUUUGUCACCAGACGAGGUACAAAGAGCUUUGUUUAAUAACAGGAAUCUCAAUGGGAACAUAAUUAACUGGAGAUCUCUGAAUUACGAGAUUAUAGGAGAAGUUGUUGUCCAGCCCAAGCUUCAGUGCGGGUCAUUGGAGUUAAAGACAUAUGCUCUUUGUUAUGAUGAAAAAUCUCCAGCCAAGUAAAAAAAGUAAAUAAACUGCUAGCACUAUGCAAUAUUAAAGGAAACAUUAGUAGAAAUACAUUCUCGUGCAGUAGCUUAACUAGAGUGCACCAGGCAUCCCUGCCAAACAAUCUGCAGAGGGGCCCAGCGCACUCUGAUCCCCAUCCUCCCACCCACUUCCCACCUCCACCCAUGUCCCACCUCCUCCCACUUUCCACCUGGACCCUGCCCACUCCCUGGCCGGACCCCACCCAGACUCCGCCCACUCUCGCCCUGUGCCGACACAAUCUGCUUCCCUUCCACAGGUAAAAGCACGGCUGUGGAGGGGGGGGGAGUUAUUGUUAGGUUUAGAGGAAUCAAACACCCUUUUCCCAGGACCCCCCUCUGACUGUGGGGUCUGCUUCCUUUAUGGUUACACCACUGUUCUUGUGGUUUUCUAAAUUUCAAUAUGCAUUGUACAGGUUCUGACAUAAUACACCACCAGAUUAGGACCACAUAUAUUAGCAGCUCUUGGCCCCACCGGAGUAAUAGAAGGGAUUAAAUCCCAUGGGUAUUGUUGACUAGUCAGGAAACUGAGAUUAUAGGUUAUAGCAGGGGUGCCCAAAAGGUAGACUGGGAUCUAUCAGUGGACUUCUAGCUGGUGAUCAGUAGAUCUGAAGACACUGUCAACAAACAGCUUGUCUUAAUUACCCUCCUGUUUCAU